CUGUUACUUCACUCUUGAGCUGCAACUCACCACCAGGAAGUGAAAUGUAGCAGAAAUGAGAAGUACAUUAGAGUUCGUUAUUCUAACCAAACAGAGGAAUGGCAGAGGAUGCAGGAAAACAGACAGAAUCAACAGAGAAUGGGCGUAUUUCUGAGGAAUUAGGAGACUUACGAAUAGAGGAACAUAAUGCAGAAAGCCCUAUUGUUGCGAAUGCGGAAAGUCCUGUGAAAACCACUCAGGAAAUGAGUGCAGAAGAAUUGAAAAUCGAGUUAGAAAAAAAGGAGACGAUUUUGCAACAAUUACAAUCAUCUUACGAAUCCCUGAAGAAACAACAUUCAAACUUAGUAUCAAAAGUUUCAGGAAUUAAGAUAACCCUGGGUGAACGCUUAAAAAAAGAUUCGCAAGCUCUUGCGCAAAGCCGGACACAGAUCCAGAAGUUGGAGAAAUUGCUGCAGGAAUCUGAGGAUGCUUUGAAGCUUAACAAUGAAGAAUCUAAAAGCUUGUCGCUGAAAACGAGAAGUCUACAAGAAAAAGUGGAGCAGUUGCAGUCCCAGAAUGAUGUACUGACUAAAGAGAGUCAAAACUUGAAUACCCAGGUAAGACAGUGGGAAAGGAGAGCUAAAGAUGAGCAUGAGAUGCAAGAAUCUUUAGCAGCUCGUCUUGCUGAUUACGAAGAACAAUUAAUGGGAGAAAGUGAACGCCAAGAACAUUAUCAGAAAGAGAUCCAGGAGCACCUUACUAUGCAACAUAAGCUAGAAAUAGAAUUGGAUAAUCUCAAAGAGCAGCACCUGGAGGAUAAAAGUGAGUUACAAACUUCCUACCAAACUAGUUUGGAUGAACUAUCAGAAAAAUUUGCUGCUAAGGAAGCUGCUUUUAACUCUUUAGAAGAACAGCUCCGUCAAGCUGAAUCUCGAAUUUCUAAAGUCAUAGAUUUGGAACAAGAGCUACGAGAGAAAUCGCUUUUAAUCGGGAAACUACAGCAUGAGGCUGUAAUUCUUAAUGAGCAUCUCACGAAAGCUCUUUGUAUGCUAAAAGAAGGUGAUAGUUCGGAAAAAAUUGAUAAACAAUUAAUCUCCAAUUUGUUUGUAUCGUUUCUUACUUUACCACGAGCAGACACGAAACGUUUCGAAAUUCUACAACUGAUUUCCUCCGUCUUGGGAUGGAAUGAUGAGCAAAAAGAACAGGCUGGUAUCCAGCGUCCUGGAUCUGCUUUUACAAAUUGGAGUUUAUCAAAAAAUAGUUCUUCCAAUUCUGUCUUUUCCGACAUUGCAUUGUCAAAACGAGGAUCUUACAAUGAGACAUCAAAAUGAAUAACGUGAACUAUCUCUCCUUUAUAAUCUUUUCUUUGUCCGCUCCUUGUUACUAGUCAAAUUUGCGUCUUCCUUUUUUUCUCAGUAAUGUAUUUUAUUGCAGAAACAGUUCAUACUAAUAAACGUGUUAUUAAUUAUUUUCUUUCAUAUCGAACUUACCUUUGACGCUUAUUAUGUACUUAACUAUUAUUUCCUUUUCCUAUUGAACGUGAGAAGACUUGCAAGCUGGUUUGUGAAAUCACUUUUUGAAAGAGCUGGUUUAUUGGAUUUUCUACCUUCAGUCUUCAGCGGUUUCAUCUUUUUUCUAAGCUAGUUUUUUUUUCAUAGUCUAGUUUAUUCAGGUUGCGUUCCUUUGUAAUUUUUCUGCACUAUAUACAUGAAGCAUUCUCAUUAAAAAUUCCUAACCUAAGUAUCUCUAAAUAAUUCAUGAAAACUUUUUUUGACUGUCACUGGAUUCCUUCUUUAUUUGUGUAAAUACACCAUCUCGGAACCACUUGUUAGCGUCUUCCACUUGCUUUUGUCUCUGUAAUAAAGGAUUUACUAGUUCAAUACCUUGUACUGGAGUAAACGACAACGAACUUUGCAAACCGCUGGCUUGAAGAGGAUUUUUCGGAGCCAUUGAUUGGAGUUGAGCUUUUCUUGCUUUUGGAAUUUUCAGCUUGGUGCGGGUAUCGAUGGAAGCAGCACGGAUUUUACCUUCGCCUUCUUGGCCAAGCAUACCAAGACCUUCUGAUUCAUCAUAGUUAAGAACUUCAGCUUCUUGUUUUCCAAAGGCAACACGGUUUUGCAUUUUUCUAAGCUCAGUGACGGCGUAUUGUUCCUUCAUUUUACGGAUUCGUCUACCACCGCGACGACGUUUAGGCUUGUCAUCGGGUACCGGUAACGCGACAACAGGUCGUUGAGAUGGAGGUUCUAAUAGCUUCUCAAUUUUUUUUUCUACCUCUGUUCGUGUUUGGACACCGAAAGAGCCAUCAGAAAACUCGUGAAUGGAAUCGAUUCGAGCAGCCAACGCUACUUUUGCAGCAAGUACACGAAUUGCCUGUUUUCGAGCAUCAGGUGGUGUUUUUUGAACGAUUCCGGACAUAUAAAGAAAUCCGUAAUCACCACUAACGGCUGGAUUGUUGAUCCCAAUCGUCGUCAGCCUCUUCUUACCUAAUGCUGGUAAAUUACAAGCAGGAAAUUUACCCAAUCUAGUAAGACCACCGGCAAUUCCUAUUAAAUUAGCAGCUGUUGUCGAGCCCACAAGAAUAGAAAGAUUUGGGGCAACAACACUGAUUCUCGACUGCACGUAGUCUAUAAUUUUGGUCUUGGUUGUGCUUAGUUCUUCAAUUGCAAUGCAGCCAAGUUUAACAUUUUCAAUCAUGCUUUCGGAUAACGGGCGUCCCGUUGUCGUAGUCGAAGUCGUAGCGAUUACCAUGACUGUCGCGGAAGGAAGAAAAGAAAGUUUGCUUUUGCUAUUUUCAAGAUCAUUUAAAAGAGCCAAGACGGUUUUACAAUAAUCAAAUGCGUUCAAAACAAGUCCACUUAAUUCUGGGAAACGAUGAUGAUACCACUCCUUUACCAAGCGAUGAAGACGUAAGAUCUCAUCAUCAAUUUCCAUAGCUAUUGAAUUCGAGUCGACGAUGAGUUGAUAUUCCGGGUCAUCUUCGAUAUUACCAGAUAUGGCUUGCUUCUCAGUGCCUUGGUAUUUUUCAAUGUUUUUAACUACGGUGUUUAAACGAUCGGAAUGAAGAAAUGGGUAAAUCAGUCGAUCAGCUUCAGUGAAUGUUGGCUGCUGUUUUUCGUUCUCAUCUUCAACGCCUUCUAUCGAGUCUAAAUCAUUAUUCAAUUCGGCGGAAAGGUCAUUUCCAUUUUCUGAUAAUUGCUCGAAUUUUCGCUUCUUGCUGUUCGCUUCGAAAAUAUCAGUCUUUUCUUCUUCCUCGUUCUGAGGUUGGCGUUCAAAAUCAUCGCCCAAGUCAGCUAACAACUCGUCUGCUAAAUUUGACAUAAGGGAAACAACCGCUAUUGUAAAGUAUUAUGAGAUUGGAUGUCAAUUGGCUCAAUGCUCCUUUUUUUAUAAGAUAAAAUAUACAGUAAUAAUAAACGAAUCUUGAAGAGCGUUCGUUUUCUUCGUUUUCAACAACUCUUUUCUAUCUCGCGAAUUUGUUUUAUAACCGAUCCGAUGUUCAAUUGAUGCUGAAUAAAUAAAUAAAUACAAAUUUUAUUAACCAAAAUCUGAACGGAAACGGGUCAAUCUUAUUUCAUUCCUACUGGAGUUGGUGAUAUGGAGGAAGGAUGGUGGAAAGGAAAUAGAGGCAACGCGAAAUUAUCUUAC